GCUAUCACGUGAGGGAUCAUCGGCAUGUGCGAGUUAUCUAUCCAGGGUAUGUCGUUAGCGCGCCGUGGGAAGGAACGGCUGGAGAGCUUGAGACAAGAUACUCAACACGAACAACACAAGAGAUCGAGAGGAAGAAGAGAGGGAAUCAAUUACAGUCACCACUACAUACUCCUCCCCGAAAUCUCCAAUGUCAUCAUCACUGCAAGGAACUCCCUUGCCCUCGUCCGCCUCGUCCCUCCGCUCCGCCUCACCCGACACUCGCCCCUCCCUCCGCGUUGCCCGCUCAUUUACGCGUCUCGAGUCCACCGAUGGCACCGGUGACCCCCUCACAGACUCUCUCUCGCGUCUGAAAGGCGAACCGCCGGUCCCAGAGCACGAAGACCCCGCCUCCUCCGAAGAUGAGGAUGGCAAUCCGCUCAGCUCCGCACUGCUGCCGGAAGGCUUUGACGAGCUGCCGCCGGAUCUGCUGACGCUGGCCGACCGCUUCAUUGACUCCCUGACGAAGCCCGUGCAUCCGGCACCCGUCAACGUGGCGCAGCUGGCAGAGUUGUUUCAGCAGUUCUAUGGUACUGCGCAGCAGGCGAUCGGGAAGUACGUCUCGCAGUCGUAUCAGGCGUUAGCUUCGAAGAAGCCGGGAUCGAGGACCCCAACGACGCAGAUGCUCUCCAAGGCCGAGAUGGUGCAGAAGAAGCGUGACAGGAAGCUGCUGGAGAUUCGCCGGAUAGCGCUCGAGGAAGCUAUCGAGAAGCGGGUUACUGAGGGCAUGUACGAGAAGAUAUGGCGACACAAGAGCACGGAAGACGAAGCACGGGACGAUAGCUUGCACAGCAAGAUAGCCGCACUCAAGGUGGUGGGUGUGAACCUAGGACAUCUCGGUGUUGAGCUGGCUUCGGAGGCGAAGGCGAAGCUGGUGGAUCACGAGCUGCAAGGGGCCAUCAAAGCUUUAACCGCGAUGAACGGAAAGAAGUAUCCUCUUGGGAAGCUGUUGCUCUUGAAACAGGCACACAAGGCUAUCGUUGAUUGUCUCACCAAUCACAUCUCAACCACUGAUGCCGACUCCCUCUUGCCUACGCUUAUUUACACCCUGAUCCUCUCCCCACCGGAACCCCAACUAAACGCCAUCUCGAAUCUUCACUUCACGCAGCGUUUCCGAGCCGCCAACUUCAUCGACGGCGAAGCCGCCUACUGCCUCACCAAUUUCGAAGCCGCCAUAUCCUUCCUCGAAACAGUCGAUCUAGCAACCCUCAACAUCGGCAUAACAGACAACAUCGACGGCACCUCUUCGCCAGCGUCUUCCCUUAGCUCCCUCAACCAAACCCUCAAGCCACACACCCUUCCAACGACCACAACUACCACUAACAUCACUGCCUUGCCCACACACACCUCCCCACCCGCAAUCCGAGCCCGCGGAAUCUCAUACCUGACCCCCAUCGACAUCGCGACAACCGCGGCCAAUACAGCCGUCUCUACCGCAGACCAAGGCAUCCGCGGUAUUGGGGUUGCUCUGGAAAGCAGCUACAAGUUCCUCUUUGACCGCACGCAAAUCGCACCAAAGACGCUCGAGGACGCACGCAAACUCGUCGAAUCCCCCAGCAACCCCGUCAUCACCGCGCUCCAACGAGCAGACUCGGAUAUGGGUAGUAUUGAUGAGAGGCCUAGGUCCCUCCGUGAACCAUCCCCGGCUCCUCCACCGGCCCCGAGCCCUUCGCCUGGGAGAGCGGCCGCUGCUGCUGCCGCCGCGAGUCUAGAGCCGCUAAAGCAUAUUGGACACAUCGGCAGCUCGAUCGGAAGAUUCGCUAAUAUCGGCAUGAGGGGACUGGCACGAGUGGCGCCUACACUCCCGCCGCCUCCCCAGGCCCAGACCCCAGAGAAGAAGGAACAGGUCAAAGACCUCCUCGAAACAUUUCCGGAUCUGGCGAUCUCGAAGGACUUUUCACAGUUACGAACAGGGGCGGCGGAUGGAGGGGUGAGUAAACUAGACUAUAAAGUCGACGAGGGACUUGCUGGAUGCAUGGACGUGCGGGAGUUGAGGAUUAAGGAUGUCGAGGGCUUGCUGAGGGAGUACAAGACGCUUGUUGCGGAGUUGAAGAGGAGGAGACUGGUGGACUAGGUAGCGCGAGGACUUUUCGUUUGGUGUUCGGGUUGUACUUGAUUACUUGAUUCUUUAUGACGUUUGAUUUGUUUAUUUUAUGGGCUUUUUGUUUGUUUGCGUGGGCAUUGUAGGUUUUAGAAUACGAAUAUCUAAAGCGCGGAUGUGCAUAGGUGAUUCCGGAGACGUGCGGCUUUCGUCUGGACAG